UAUAUGAAGGUCACUUCUGACUUUACUUUUACCAUGACGCAGGUUAAUCCAUUGUCGAAACAACACACAAAGAGGUUGUCGUAGUACCAGUCAGGAUGAAGUUCAGAGGCGUCUGCAGGAAGCUGUACGAUUACGUGAGGUAUGAUCUGAGAGAGAUCGCGUUCCCGUCUUCUCUACCAGACCCUCCGGGCACCAAGAGACGUCCUAAGCUCUCACUGAAUGAGAAAUGGUGCAUCCUCAAGGAGGCAACCAGGCUCUAUGCGGCUUCCUGGGUUAGGGACAUUGGUCCUGAGCUCAGGCCAAAUGAUUACAAUAAGGAGAAAGAGGAACCCAACCCCAACAUCACCAAAGAGGGGAAGACUACAAGUGAGCCUACCAUGCUUGAGGAUCUUGCGGUGGCAGCGAGGGGUGGGGCAGAGACCCUGAAGCCCAUGCUACGUCGCAUAUACAUGACCCGUGCCUCGACCUACACGAGUGCGGUGAAGAACUAUGUGGAGACAUAUCAGGAAGGGCUGAAGGAUGUCUUGGAUGAUAAGGUUGCUGGAAAAGGUCACCAGCAAGGCAACGAGGCAAAGAAGUUGUCAACAGCGACACCACCACCACCAUCAUCAUUGUGAUCUUUUUUUGAGUUUACGAGGAAAUAUUAUCAUCAGGAAUCGCAGCAUAGCUCAUAUAUGAUCUUCAGAGUUGAUGUCCUUCUAGUUGUGUAGUGCGUUACCCAUUUCCUAGUUUUUUCUUCUUCGUGCAGGUCUCUGAUCUUGUUUAUCUUCUACUCUGCAUUUUGUGAACUCUGAA